AUGUCUACAACCAACAACACCCUAACGACCUCUAUCACCACCACCGAGCCCGACCAAAUCGCCUCCCUGCACCUCAUAGCAGACAGCAUCGCCCAGCAACGCCAACUCGCCGCCCGCUCCAUGCUCACCCACCCGGCCGUGCUCUCCUGCCUUACCUUUUCCCUCUUCAUAACCUACUUUUUCACUCGUGCGCUUAGCACCACCGGAGAAGAUAACUGGCCUUACCUUCUGCUCAUCACCUGGCCCGCCUGCAUCACGGUGUAUCUCCUCGCCGCGGCGCACACGACACAUCCGUACCUAGAGAAAGCAGGCCGUACAGGUACAUGGUCACCACCCCCAUCUACAUCGUCUUCGCCUUCUACGUCUAGAGCGGGAUACAAGACCCCCGUGAAGAGAGAUCACCACAGCGCAGAAGAUAAUGAAGAAGAAGAGGAGGAAGACAUAAUGAUCGUAACGAAAUACCAUAACCGGGUGAUCGGCACGCUCGUCCUGCGAAUCAUCCGCACGGAGGAAGAACUCUGGGGCCAUGUGCGGGAUGCGGUGGUGCGGGAGGAACUGUACCAGACCCCUUCAAUUCCAGGAACAGGAUCUACUACUAGUACUUCUUCCGGGUCCUGUCAGCCAGUCGGCGUCAUCCGGGCCUGGACCGUUGAGCAGCAUCUUCGGGGAGUCGGGGUGGGGAGGAAUCUCUUGGAAAAUGCGAUUCGGAUCUGUCGGGAUCGGGGGAUCAAGGGCCCGGUGUUUUCGGAUUGUCAUGCGAAUGAGGUGCUGGGGUUGCCGGUUGUUUGUAAUGGGGAGUUGGUGAGAAGGGAGAGGCGGGCGAGGGAGGUGUUGGAGAGGGUGAAGAGGGAGGUGGAGGAGAUGCAGUUAGUGUUUUAA